AUGAAUAAUCUUCAAAAAAUUGAACAUUUUCGACUAAUUGAUCGCAAAACAUGCCGAAAAAUUCUUGGUUCCAUCCCAAAUGACGCGUUAUGCACAAAAGAAUUCGUCGACAAAAAUACCUGCACUGGGGACAGUGGAUCUGGCUUAAUGGGUCGUCUUGCAGAUGGACGCUGGCUUCUACUUGGCAUUCUUUCAUUUGGUUCUCGAUGUUCUGCACUACUGCGAGGUCAAGUGGACCCAUUAGUUCAAGUGUUCACGGAUAUCAGCUUGUACAGUGGAGAAAUUGACAGAUUCACAGACUAUCUUCUACCUUGGCAACAUGCUUGA